AUGUCGGUGAGCCAGCCGCAGUCAGGAAGAGGUGUGCCUUGUUUACGCUGCAGAGGGAUGUGCACGGGCUUCGAGCCACAUUCUUGGAGGAAAAUCUGCAAGUCAUGCAAAUGCAGCCAGGAGGAUCACAGCCUGAGCUCAGACGUGGAGGAUGAUCGGAAAAUUGGGCGCCUGCUGACGGACUCCAAGUAUGCCACGCUCACCGCCCGGGUGAAAGGAGGUGACGGCAUCCGCAUUUACAAAAGGAACCGCAUGAUCAUCACCAACCCCAUCGUCUCUAGGAAGGACCCCACCUUCGACACCAUCACGUAUGAGUGGGCUCCCCCGGGGCUCACCCAGAAGCUG